CAUUUUUACUGAUUUGUUUCUAUGAAUAGUUUUAUACAUCACCCCUUUUGUGUGCCCAGAGUGCGCCGUUCCAUCCACGGACGCCACACAAAGCAGCAUCAUGGCGGACGAAGACUUGGAGUACGACAUCUCCUUCCCUCCGGCCGCUGUCUCAGAUGACGAGAAGGAGCCUGUUGUUAUACUGCUGGGCUGGGCGGGGUGCAAAGAGAACCACCUGGCCAAGUACAGCUCCAUCCACGAGCAGCAGGGCUGCAUCACCAUCAGAUACAUCAUGCCAACGUAUGACAUCUUUUUCCACACUUACAAGGCCAGGACGGUGGCCUACAAGAUCCUCGAACUCAUCUUCGACCUCAACCUGGAGGGUCAUCCCAUCUUCUUCCACGUCUUCAGCAACGGUGGCGGGUUCAUCUACCGGUACCUGACCGAGAUGGUGGCCAGCCAACGCGGCGGGCAGGUGGGCGCUCUGCAGAUUGUCGGCUGCAUCUUCGACAGCUGUCCCAGCCGACGAUCUCUCAUAGUCGGGAUGAAAGCUCUGCUGACCUCCAUGCACCACGAACCCUUCCUGAAAAGAUACUCCGUGACGUUUUUCUUCGGGAUCAUGGUGCUCUUCAACACGCUGCGAUCGUGGCUCUCGUGGCUGCUCCCGUUCGGGUUCCUGCGCGGCGAGGACGAUUAUUACACCGCCAUGAAGAAGGACCCUUCGCGCUGGCCGCAGCUGUUCUUAUAUUCCCGCGCCGACAAGGUCGUCCCGUACAGGCAGGUAGAAGACGUCUUUGAGGCCAGGAAGAAGCUCGGCGUGCGGGUGCUCGCCGUGGCGUUCGAGAAUUCCCCCCACGUAACCCACCUGGUUCACCACCGCGACCUGUACAUGCACCACUGCAAUUCCUUUGUAAAGUCCUGUACCAUGACUGGGUACAUCCGAUGAGCAUGUCACGAUGUGUGGGGAUACUACUUGUUAAUCGUUGACAGGCUUGUACAGUGUAUAGGGCCGCACCUGCAAAAUGGUUUGUUGAGGUCCAAUCUGUUUUUGUUGUGUCUUAGAUUUCACUUAAACACCACUGCAAUUCCUUCAUCAAGUUCUGUACUAUGACUGGGUACAUCCGAUGAGUAGGUCACGAUGUUUGGAUACUUCUUGUUAAGUGUUGAUGACAGGCUUGUACAGUGUAAGAUAAGAUUUGCAAAAUAGUUUGUUGAAGUCACCCCAAUCUGUUGUCUUAGAUUUCACUUUAACACCACUGCAACUCCUUUAUCAAGUCCUGUACCAUGACAGGACUCAUUCGCUGAAUAAGUCAUGAUGUUGGAGUAUUUCUUGUUAAUCGUUGACAGGCCAUCCUCCUACGCAGGGACAUCCAACAGCAAAACUGCCUGUACAUAUCUGGAUAUACCCUGCUUUCUCAACUGUCACCCUUAGUUCCUGACAGCCCUGCUUACCCUUAUAUAUGCAAGACCCCUUUUGAAAACUGAAAGGCCUAUUCUCUGAUUGGCUGACAGCUGGUUUGUAGGGGACGUCCACAGGAACUAUGAGUGAUGGAUAAGAAAGCAGGGUACAUCCAGACAGGCAGUUUCCCUAUUGGAUGUCCCUGUGUAGGCGGAUGUGACAGCUUGUACAGUGUGAAAUAAGGCCACAUCUAGAUUUGCAAAAUGGUUUUCAAAUUGUGUCUUAGAUUCACUCUGACACCACUGAAACUCCUUUAUCAAGUCCUUUUACAAUGACGGGAUUCAUCCCCUGAAAAUGUCAUGAUGUGUUGGCAUUUCUUGUUAAAUGUUGACUGGCUUGUAAGAUAGGGUCCACCUGCAGAAUGGUUGUUACGGUCUCACCAAUCUGUUUUUGUAAGUGGAAUACUCUUGACAUUUCAUCGUCCUUUACGUUGUAUUACUUGUUUAAUACUUUUAAGUUACUUAUUAUAGAAUUUCAGAUUCAAGUUCAAAAGAGAGACAGUAACAUUCUAUUUCGGUCUUUAUUUUUUGUUUUGUACCCGAACUAUUUUCUGUGCACCAAAGUUUUUAGCUGCCCCUCAAAUGAAUGUUUAGCCCUGCAGGACAAUGGUUUUUGGACAUUAAGCCCAAUUAAUCCUGUUUUCAACUUAGGGGAUUUUCAUCCAUCUCUGCAUCCUUUUGGCAAUGACAGAUUUCAUCCACUGGUCUGGUCAAUGUUAGACAAUUGACUGCACAUACACUAUUGUACGGUUAGGCCACAGAUGCAAAAUAGUCUGAUAAUCCUUUAUAUAUAAGCUCUUAAGUUAAAAGAUUAUUAUUAAGGGAUUUUCAUCCAUCUCUACAUCCUUUGUGAAGUCUUUUGAUGAUGACAGGGUGCAUCCGCUGGUCUGGUCAAUGUUAGAGGGGUGAGUGUGCGGUACUGUACGUUUAGGCUAUUAGGGCACAACCCGCCGUACGUUCAAUUUGUCCGUACGUU